UUAGAAAGUGUUAUAGACUUAUUUAAAUGAAAACACAAAGUUAAUGCUUAGCUUCCAAAUGUUGGUUUUCAGAUUGUGUUAUAUAUAAGCCUAGAUUCUGUUUUCUUUAAUGAAACUUAAUUAGUUAAUAUAGUAAACUGUUAGAAACAUGGAGUUUGGUUUAGCUGGAUCCGGCGUUAGAACCCCAAGGGAAAAGCCUCUUAAGAAGCAUAAGGUAAAUGAAUGUGAAGAUAUAACCAACAAGCUACCUGAACCGCUUAUAAGUCGCAUUCUUUCUCUUCUCCCAACAAAAGAUGCAGCACGUACAAGUGUGUUAUCUAAGAAAUGGAUGUACCGUUGGAUCUCCGUCUCCAAGCUGGACUUAGAUGAUAGUCUGUUCUAUAAUCCCAAGAAGAAAACCGGUGGAGUUCAACACUUUAGAAACUUCGUCAAUCGUGCACUACUUCUCACUAAAGGUUCAAGCUUGGAAAGUUUUUCACUUGCCAUGACUAACAAGUGUGAUAUUUCUCUUCUAAAUACAUGGAUCUCUUCUGUCUUGAUCCCACAAAAAAUAAAAAAUCUUCGUAUCCAUUCGAAAUGUGAAUGGUCCGUCUCUCCUCUUGCAUCUCGGUCUCUGUUCAACUCCAUCUUUUUAGAAGAAUUAGUGCUGCAGAUGUUUUGUUGUGAUAUUGAAGUUCCCACCAAGGAUGUUUACUUUGGAAGCCUAAAAUUCGUUAAGUUGCAUGAAAUCAUAUUUUUCAAUGGCUUGUCAAUUGACUAUCUGAGCCUUAUUUUACCAGUCCUUGAAAAGUUUGAGAUUAGAAACUGUGAUUGGUUAUUUGGAAAGGGUGUAAUUGUAAAAGCACCUCUACUCGAAAGUGUUUGCAUAGAGCAAGACGUUAUGCCAUCACGUGACGAGCUGCGUAGUUGUGAAAUCAAAUUUUCUGAUUGUCAUCUGAAAGAAUUUACUUUUAAUGGUUAUGCUAUAUCACAACCCGUAGUUAUGUCAGAUCCAUUGAUAGCACAAAAUGCUCGUGCUAAUAUAACUUUAAGUGAGUAUGAAGAUGGAACUCCAGAAGCAAGAUUACGUGCAUUUGUGCUUCUCAAUCAGUUCAGUCAUGCCAAAUCUAUCAAAUUUGACGGGUCUGAGGUUCUCCCACAACCAAAUGUGGCUGCUCUACCUGAAUUUCCAAUGUUAGGCCAUUUGGAGCUCGGCUUAAUUAGGUUUGAAGUUUUGUUUGGCUUACUUCAAAGGUCACCAAUUCUCAAAACUCUAACUUUCAAGGGAAUAUUUAAAUUCGACCUGGAGCUUCUGAAUUCUACUCCUGUGCCCGAUUGUUUUGCAUCAACACUUCAAGUUGUGAAAUUUGCAAGAGUUUGUGGGUUCGAACAUGAGUUGUGUUUAGCUAAAUUUUUUAUGGAAAAUGGUAAGGUGCUCGAGAGGAUGAGUUUCUCCCUUGCUAGUCUAGCACUAGGCAAAUCGAAGAUCAUGGAAGACUUUAAGGAGAAACUAUUCUCAUUUAAGAAAGGUUUCUCUUUCGCUAUUGUUGAAUUUUCAUAUGAUUAGGUUACCGAAACAAGUAGUAUAAAUUAAUAAUGUUUUUUGCUGGCUGUAUAAUAUUUUGGUUACAGAAGCAAGUGGCACAGGUUAGAAUGUAUAUUGCAGUGUGAAUUUGUACAUGCAAGUAAUGUUCAGAAAUGGUGACUCUGUUUUUUGGCCAAGUACAAUGGUUGCAAUAUUAUGUUUUUAUGUUUACCAUAAUUGUUGAUAUUGAA